UCGCUAAGAAAUCGUGCUGCAAUGACGAAGUACACUCCGUUAUGUUAUACGAUUCAUGUUGGUUGUCGUCGGCUGUGGACUGAGCGUGGAUGUGGUUGUAGGAGGUUGACGCACACUCGUGAUGUUUUAUACCAAACUUUAUACACAGUCAGCCUUGUUAAUUUGUGGUUUAUGGCGUUCGAUUUGGUUUAAAAGAAGAGUGGGCGAAGUAUCGUGAGUCGUUUCAUUCCCUGCGUUAUGUUUAAUUGUGUGGAUGGGGAAGGUUGCAGUGAAACAGAGGCAAAUUGAAGUGUCAUUUUCCACAUGUCAGAAAAGGAAAAACUGGGAAAACUACAUGACGUACGCUUCUUUUGGCUUUGGAUACGCUUUCUUUUUAUUGGUGUACCAUUUAAGACUAGUGCAACAUGGAGUGCAAAGAGAAUGGAUUGACUAGGGCAGUGAUUCAGAGUACUAUGGCGUCCAAUUUCUUAGCGCCUGUAAAGACAGAUCAACAAAUAUAUGAAAAUUCAAUGCUAGAAGAUGAUCCAAACGCAAAUUCAGCCGUAACUCACGAAGAAAAAAUAAAACCAAGAUGGGGUCCUCAUCACAAAGGAGCUCAGGAGCUAGCGAAUCUAUACAGCAGAGGAAAACGUAUACAAGAAUGUAUCUGUGUUGGAAUCUGUAUAACUUUGAUGAUGGUAAACUUCUACUUCAUCGUCAUCCACUUUCGGAUGGAGAAUCUGAGCACCAUUGUGAUAGCAGCACUGUGUGGGAUCAUCACAGCUGACCUGAGCUCAGGACUCGUUCAUUGGGGUGCAGACACGUGGGGCUCUGUGGAACUCCCCAUCAUUGGCAAGAAUUUCCUUCGGCCUUUUCGUGAGCAUCACAUUGACCCAACAUCCAUCACAAGGCAUGAUUUCAUUGAGACCAAUGGAGAUAACUUCAUGGUAACUAUCCCCUUCUUAGGACGGAUGACAUGGCAAUUUAUUACUCUGUCUGAAGAAGAGGUCCAGAAGAACUUCUCAUGGAGCUGUUACUUAUUUCUUCUUGCAAUAUUUGUCGCCAUGACUAACCAGAUUCAUAAGUGGUCCCACACUUACUUUGGUUUGCCAGCAUGGGUAGUGUUCCUCCAAGAGUACCAUGUGAUCUUACCACGUCGUCACCACCGAAUUCACCACGUGGCCCCACAUGAGACAUACUUCUGCAUUACCACUGGCUGGCUCAACUGGCCUCUUGAAAAGAUUUGUUUCUGGCAGAUGCUUGAGUGGGUAAUAGAACAAGUGACUGGGUGUCGGCCAAGGGCUGAUGAUAUGAAAUGGGCUCAGAAACGGGCGUGAGACUGAGCAAAUAUGGAGAAUAACUAUACAAGCCAAUAACGUUGACACAUCCUCAUUUUGAUAUUUUAUAGGUGCCCAUGAACUGAAAGGACAAAAUAGCAAACCCUUUCUUCCCUGAAUGUUGCCAAAAUUUCACCAUGCAGCUGUGAAUUGAGUCCCCAUUAAUAUUUUUAUUAUGAAAUGUGUUUAAAACGUUAAUUUAUACUAGUCGAUUGAACAGUCAUUACCAUAUUAUAACUAUUAUAAUGAACUACUGUGCAAUGUAAAUAUUAAGGGGAUGUACAAAUGCAAGUACUACACUUUCAGGGACCAAAGGGUGUAUAUAUAUUUCCAGUUGAUAUAUUCCUGAUGAAUUCAGAAGUGAGAGAAAACUGGUGUGCCAGUUGUUCGUUCACAAGUGGAGCAAGUUGUUGCAUACAAUCUGAAGCUUUUUAUACGUGUUUCUUACCAAUUGAAUUUUUUAAUGAAAUGGUGACAUUUCAAGAAACAAGAAGCCACGUUUUCAUACUUGUCAAUAUUACCUGUUGACUUAUUUUCUUGUCAUUUCUUAUGUGUCCAUAAUUCUGUGCAUGAGAAUGCAAAGAUCAUAUAUAUGAUGAAAAUGUGGAAAAGAGAUGAUGAUAUCCUCAGGAGAAUCCUUCAUAAGGAUGUUGAGUUCCAAACCAUUUUUAUGUGCAUUAUUUAUGUACUUGUUAGUAGCAUUACCCAAAGACACUCUUGUAGGUAAUAAGAACAUCAAGUAUCAUUUUACAUCAUUUACAGAAUAUUUUAUUCUUAAACAUAUUUAAUUGAUGCUUAAUAGUAAGCUUUACCAUACACAUUAAACAACAUGGCUCAGUAUAUGCCUUACAUACGAGACUGGGGACUUGAGGAACAUGAUAUACUUUAUGCAAGAGUACUGAACUAUUUUUUGUCAUUUAUAAUUGUUUAUAGUCCUGGUUGUGACUUAAAGCAUUGCAAUAUUGUUUCUGUGUGUUUAGUAUAAAAGUGUGAAAACAAACGAAGCAAUGUGAUACUCACAGCCAAUCUAUCCAUACCUUUUUUAUACAUAAAAUGUGAUAGGGAUGGAAUGUGUUUAUGGUAUCCCAUAUAAAAGUGUUUACAUUAUAGUGUCAUAUAAAACUGAGAGAAUUUAUUAUAUACACUGACUAAUCUGCUUCUAACUUCUAGGUAAGUGACAAUCUUUGGAAACACCAUUAGCUGAUCUUUUGGUAGCUUGAGUUAUCAGAACAUGCCUUGUACACAUCACUGCUUAUUGUCCUGUGAUUCCCUCACCACAUGCAGACUCAGCUUGAAAUUCAUGAAGCUGAGCCCAUUGUCCAGAGUUUUGCCCAGGAGGCAAAAUACACAUUUGAAAUAUUAAUAUUUCAGUGGGAUUUGUUUAAAUGCUGCCAAAACUCUUCUAUGUUUUUACUUUGUCCUGUGUUUACAGUAUGUUGUGAGAGCUCUUUGACACUGGAGUUGAGUGUGUUCAUAAAAGCAGCCUAACUAAACUUGGUUAAGAUCCAUGAGCAAAAUUAGCAUAAUUGAAGGAGACUCAUCCCUAUCAUAUAAACUUGUUUUCAUAUCAGGAAUUAGACAUAUUUAUUCUUGCAGGAGUUUAGUAAUAUUACACAUUGCAUUAGGUUACUAAUUAAAGGCAGGUACAACAUGGUGUCUGUUGAACUGUUGAAGACCAAGGUGCACUUUGCACCACACUAAGUGGAGUUGCAUGUGCCAUAACUGUUGUUAUAUUUAUGUUGCUACUUUGGAUUUUCAGCUGAUCCAGAUAUUAUGGGUUAAAUUAUAUCAUUUGUCAAAUUUGUCAAGUCUGAUAAAUCAUGAUCAUGAAUUACAUGUACUAGAAGAUGCAAACAUGAUUUCAGUGUAGCAGGAAUUCACUGGUCAUCGUGAUUAUAAGUAGAUUUUAGGCCAAACUGCACACUUUGUAUUCAGCAUAGGCAUUGUACAUAUAUUUUAUACAUGUGAAACUCAUUAUCUUCAGGCUUGUUAAGUGAAGAUUUGUUCAUAAUGAAUAAGAUUAUAUUUUUCCAUGAUAUUAAAACACAUGUGGCCAAGGACUUGUUCUUGUAUCAUUUGGAAAGCUGUGGACCAAUGUACAUAUAAACAAAACUGAAAAUCAAUAUUUUAUAUGAUGUAUGUAUUAAACGAGUGGUUUGACAUCUGCAGCCUUGAUGUUCAUGCAGUAAAUUACUUUGAUGCUAACAUAUAUUUAAAGUCUAGCAACUGAAUUCCAUUCUCAUCUACCUUUGCAAGCAUUGUCACCUUUUUCUUUAGUCUGGAGAUGUCAAACAAUUAAUUUAUUUUGUGUUGAUGGCCAUGGUGUGUUUGUGACCAUAGUGUAGCUCUGCUUCAUCCUACUUUGCAUAGGAUUUUAUUAAGCAUUCUGUCAGUUUUUAAUAUUAAAAUUACAUAAAAUUUAAACUUCUACAUUGGAUUGGUAACGUCUUGUGAAUAAGAACUGGGUAUCUAAAUUAUCGAAUUCUCUGUGAAAGUUGUAUAAAAUUGGAACGUGCAGGUAGGUUGAAAAAAUCAGAAGUAGUGACCCAAAAAUAAAUGUGUGUAGAUGGGAGAAUUCAAUUUUAAUCCAGGCUAGACUUCAAUACUGAAAGCAUUUAAUUUUUAAUUAAUUGAAGCACUUAAGUGUCAAAGGUUUCUGACAGUGAUAUGUGACCAUAACUGUAACAGUAAUUUUUGACAUGGUCCAUUAUCUUGAGUUUCUUCAAACUAAAGCUCAUUGAUUGAGACUGUGUGUCCAAAAUAAUAAUCCUAAUAAAAUCUGGUCUAAUCUUGAUAAUGGGGACAGAGAUGGUACCUGAAAUGUCAGUAAUUUUUAACCAGCUGACACAUUUAAUAUCCUGAAAACGUUUUAUUUACUUUAGCCACUGUGAAAACUUAAUAUCUUGUGUAAUAGUCAUAGUCUGUGCAGUUUUCUGCCAUGAUUUCUAUUAAAGCUUUGUAUGAUGAAAUUGUUUGGUCUGAAGUCAAUUUGGGAGUCAUUAAAAUGGGAUAUACAUACUUCACUGUACUGUACCAUGAGACAUAUAUUUCCUACUAUGAGAAAUAGAGAAAGUGUUACUUACGUGAUAUGUCUUUUAAAAAUCAAAUUUAAAGUAAAAAUUGAACCGGAAAUGUAUUUUAUGCUAACGACAAAAUGUGUGAAUAUUCAGAAAUUUGAUUAUAAUUUAUAUGAUUUUUUCUGCAACUAAGAACCUUGCAUUAAUGGUGCACAAUUCUUUAUUUAUGAAAAAUCUUCCUUUUUGGAAUAUAAAAUCUGUUCAUUUCGUGCUCCUGAUUUCGAGCCAUAUAACAAGGGUAUUUGAAAAGGGCAAUAAUAACUGGGUAGCUGAAAUUUAAUGCCAUGGAGGGGCUUUGGAAAUUUUUCUUUUCUCAACCAGAAUAACAGUAGCUCUGAAAUAGUAGUUUCCCCAGGGAUAUGGCAGCUGUAGCUUGAAUUGGAUCAUUUGCCUCUAUCUGUUCCUAUAUUGAGAAUGUAUAUAGUUGUGUCUCCAGGUACCCUUAUAUCUUAGGCACAGGGUUGCUUUAAAAUUUAUUGAAGCAAGGUGCAUGACAGGAGUUCCCCAACAACAACCACAGAUAAAAAAUAAUUUAAUAAAAAGACAUCGUUUCACUUAUUGAAGUUUUACUUAUAUGGUGUCCAGUUCUCUGCACUAAGAAUUGAGGAAUAAUGUAUAUUAAUUCAUGAUUUAGUUUAUCAUUAAUAACAGCUAAAAGGUUGUCAGUUUUUGGUACUGAGGUGUUUAAAUAAAAAAAUUACAUUUUUCUCCCAGUGGCUAUUCUACCUAAGUCUUCAGUACUAUACUCUUGUUUGGUUUAGAUGGGCUGGCUUGAAAUCAUCCGUGAAUUUGUAUUACAUAUUGUGCUCUGUGUUGCUCAUUCUGAAUGUGCCACUUCUUAAACUAUGUCUGAUAUUUGAAUCGCAUAUUUGCCCUUGACUGAAGUCAUGCACAUGUAAAAUGAAAAUUUUUCCAUCAGGAAUGGUCUAUGGGGAGAACUUUCAAUGCACCCUAGUUGAGGAUUUUCACAUUUAACCUUUUCAGUGCUACAGACACAUAUGUACUUCCUUUGACAUUUCUUUAUUCUAAAUUAGCCAAAGAAGAUAAGUAUUGAAAGGGUUAAACACUGCAUCUGUGUAUAUACUUUUAUGCUUGUUAUUCUACAGAGAAGCAGGGAUAUGUGAAACGUCCUUUCUGAUUCGUUUUUAUGGAUAUUAAUUUAAAUGUUAUUAAUAAAGUUAACGAGGGAAAAAUAACCUAAAUUAUUAGACACUAAAGGAAAUGUUUGAUUCAGUCAUCCGGCCGCCAACCAGUAGGAAGCUUGCAUUUCAUCACUGCCUGCCUGACUUGUGUUAAUGUUCAUUCCAUGGUCAAAUUGAUUGGAGUAUAAUGGCCUUUCCUCUUGGCUUCGGGUUAAGAAAGUAUAGAGAAUGAAGACUAUUGGUAUGUAUGUGUUGGGUUUGAAAGUGCAGUUCUCAUGCUUCCUGUAUGGCUAAUAAUUCAAUGAUCCAAGGUAUUCAGAUGAGACCAAGCAAGUCACAGAUCUGAGAUAAGGGAAAUAUGAGAUUUCAUGAGAAAUCUCAAAUAUGAGAUUCUACUACCACCACCAUGACAACAACAACAAGAACUACUACUACCACUACCACUAAUUUAAAAUUUGUAAUUUGUUUUGGGCAUCUUUAUGAUUACUACCACUGCUGCUGCUGCUGCUGCUAUUACUGAUACUAUUACAUGUUUGCUUUGAAACCAAACAUUAAAUGAAUAAUUUAUUUUGAAAGACGUUGCUGUUAUUUUUGUAAUACUUGAAUGAUGAUGGCGGUAGUGAUAAAAUGAUUCUUGUGUUACAUAUGCGCUAUGGUGUCGUACGGAGGACAUUACUGUUGUUAUUCACUGAAAAUGUUUAAACAGGUUAAAAAUUUUUGGAAUAUUCUGUCCUGUGUUUGGCAUAAAAUUCUGUCUUUCAUUGUGAUGGAUUUUGAAACGUAUGCUUUCGUAAACCAUGGCUAUUAAUGAAACUUCUAAAUAACACUAGCAACUGUUAAGAAUCUUCAACAUUUCAACACCCAAGAGCCAGACUCUUACAGAUCCACUGAAGCAUUACAGAAAGAACAGAGUAAAAUUCUGAAAUGGACAUUUCUGUGUAGUAAGAAAUCUUUUAUUGUCGCAGCUGGACAGUCACCACCAGUACCAUGUUACAUGCUGAAACCCUUCAUAUCCCAGAUAAAAAUGCUUGUGACAUCUUUUUAAUAUAUGUUAUAUGUAUAUGAAACCUAGCAUAAAUUUGUUAUAUAAACAUUUAAAUGCUUCUGAAUGUGAAUUCAAGUGAGUAAAAAGGAGUUCAGAAUGGUCAGUGGCCAAGUCAGGACUGUUGUGAGUCUGGCUGUAAGUAACACUGGUCACAUAUGGAAUAACAAUCGUUAUUGAAUAGAGAUCUUGAGUAAUAAAUAAAAGUUACUGAGUACUGCAAGCACACUUGGCCUGUUCCGUUAUAUGAAGUUGUAACAAUCCGUUCUAUGCAGUGAGAAAUUCAGACAUAGAUACUCAUUGCUUUCAAAUACCUCACUUAAUAUGUAAUAUUUUGUUUAAUAAAUGCAUAGUGAUUUUAUUAGAA